AUCUUAUUUUCAUGUAAAAAGGAUUUUUUUUAUAAUUUCGGUUGUAAUGAUUUUCUUAAUUUAAAUUAAUUUGUUAAUAUUAUUCUGUACCUUGUUUAAUAAAGGGCCAUUAUUCAAAACUGUUUGUUUUGUUUUAUAAGUUUAAGAUUACUAUGGCCUAGAAUUGUUUGAUCAUUGCAUGAAAACGCCAUACUGUCUACGGAAAGAAUUAUCACUUUAAAUGAAUCUAGGAUUAUUUUUUUACAUCCAAAGCUCUCACCCCUUCAAAAAUCCUGUUUGAGACUGUUUAUACUCAAAUAUUGUUAAGUGAAAUUUUACAAGGGAAUCGGUGAAGAAGAAUUUAGUGAAGAAGCUAUUAGUAAGCUUUUAACUGAGGCAGAGAGGGCUAAACCUGUUGGUGUUGACGAUGGAGUCCCUUGGAAAAGAGUUACACCUUCACCAGGAUUAUGUGUCAAAAUGUUCACUCCUGAAGGUGACAAAGUAUUUGUCAAUAUUUGCCAUACUGUUUAUAUCCCAGCACCUAAAGAUAUCACCGAUCAAGAACUUAUAGCUCUACUUGAGUCUGAUGACCCUUCUUCUUAUCGCAUUGGAAUGAGUAUUGCUGAUGAACAUAAAGAACCUGAUAAGUCGGGUGGUUUAUGUUCAGUGUAUGAUGUUGCUGUCAAUUCAUCAUUAAUAGAGAAAAUUGAGAAGAACCAGUUAUUUCAAGUCUUCUUCAUGACAAUCGUUGUGGAAGGGCUCCAACAGAAAUACAACAUUAAAAUAAACAUGUCCAAUCACAAUCCUUUUAUUAUUAUGAAAAAUCGUAAAGUACUUGGUACCUUAAGGCCUCAUCGUAUACAACAGCGUGACGUUAAACCUCCACCUUCACCUAUCAUUCAAGAAGUCUCAUCUUCCAAUCCUUCGACUCCCAACAUCACGCCAGAUCCGAAAUUGAAGCUGGAAUUGCACCCAGCUGAAGGUGAUCCUCAGUAUCUUUUGGCGAAGGUCAGGGUUAAAGUAUCAUCAGAGAAAGAUAUCGCUUUGGAUGUUGGAGAAGAUAGACUGGUGUUAAUAUCUACAAAAAGGAAGGAACCAUUUGUUGAUAUAUAUUUCCCCUACAAUAUUGAUCAGUCUAAAACAACAGCAGAGUACUCUAGAGUUGACCAGGAGCUGAAAAUCCAGAUGCCUAUAGUGAAAUGAAAAGGCUCUUAAAUAAAAGACUAAUUAAUUAAAAAAUAAGAAAAUAUAUAGCUAUUUAUUUAAUAAAAUAUUUUUUAUAUUUUUAUUUUU